UCUGCCCAUAACAACUUCAUGUGUCUGUUUUAGACCAUAGCUUGCUGCCAGAAAUGGCACUCUCAGUGGACUCAUCCUGGCACCGGUGGCAGUGGCGAGUCAGAGAUGGCCUCCCCCUGUCUCCAUCAGAAGCCACACCACUAUUGUCUGAAGAGAAGAAGAGGCAAAGCUACAACCUGACACAACAACGGGUCAUCUUCCCCAACAACAGCACGUGCCACCGAGAUUGGGCAGAGAUCACCAGGAGAUACUCCGGCAACAGAAUCUGCACAACCAAAUACACCUUUCUCACUUUCCUGCCUCAGAAUCUCUUUGAGCAGUUUCAUAGAUGGGCUAAUCUGUAUUUCCUAUUCCUGGUGAUUCUCAACUGGAUGCCCUCCAUGGAAGUUUUCCACAGAGAAAUCACCAUGUUACCAUUGGCUAUUGUGCUGUUCCUCAUCAUGGUCAAGGAUGGCAUGGAAGACUUCAAGAGAUAUCGUCUUGAUAGAAAGAUCAACUGCUCCAACAUCUGGAUAUAUGAAAGAAAACAGCGGAGCUACGUGAAGAAGUGCUGGAAGGAUGUGCGUGUGGGCGACUUCAUCCAAAUGCAAUGCAAUGAGAUCAUCCCAGCAGACAUACUCCUGCUCUUCUCUUCAGACCCGAAUGGGAUCUGCCACCUGGAAACUGCCAACCUGGAUGGAGAGACAAACCUCAAACAAAGGCGUGUUGUGAAGGGCUUCUCACAGCAGGAGGCACAGUUCGAACCUGAAUGUUUCUGCAACACCAUCGUGUGUGAGAAACCCAACAACCACCUCAACAAGUUUAAGGGUUAUAUGGAGCAUCCUGACCAGUCGAGGACCGGCUUUGGCAGUGAGAGUCUUCUGCUUCGAGGCUGCACCAUCAGGAACACCAGGGUGGCUGUUGGCAUUGUCAUCUAUGCAGGCCAUGAGACAAAAGCCAUGCUGAACAACAAUGGCCCACGAUACAAACGCAGCAAGAUAGAGAGGCGCAUGAACACAGACAUCUUCUUCUGCAUUGGGCUCCUCUUCCUCAUGUGCCUCGUCGGAGCUGUAGGUCACAGCCUCUGGAAUGGGACCUUUGAAGAACACCCUCCCUUUGAUGUUCCAGAUGCCAAGGGCAACUUCCUUCCCCUUGCCCUUAGGGGCUUUUACAUGUUCCUUACAAUGAUCAUCCUGCUCCAGGUGCUGAUCCCAAUCUCCCUGUAUAUAUCCAUUGAGCUGGUGAAGCUUGGGCAAAUCUUCUUCCUGCAAAAUGACCUUGACCUGUACGAUGAAGAGACUGAUUUGUCCAUCCAGUGUCGAGCCCUCAACAUCACUGAGGACUUGGGCCAGAUCCAGUAUGUCUUCUCUGACAAGACGGGGACGCUGACUGAGAACAAGAUGGUGUUCCGGCGUUGCACUAUCAUGGGCAGCGAAUAUUCUCACCAAGAAAAUGCCAAACGACUGGAGACCCCAAAGGAGCUGGACUCAGACAGUGAAGAGUGGACCCAAUACAAGUGCCUAUCCUUCCCAGCCCGAUGGUCUCAGCGCCCAGCAACAGUGGGAGGCCAAGGACGAGCCCAGCCUCUAAGGAGGUGCCACAGUGCCCGGGUACCUAUCCAGGGUCACUCCCAACAAAGGUCUGUGGGGCACUGUGAAAGCUCACAGCCUCCUGUGGCCUUCAGCAGCUCCCUAGAAAAAGAUGUGACUCCAGACAAAAAUCUACUGGCCAAAGUACAAGAUGCUGCUCUGUGGCUGGAGACCUUGUCAGACACAAAACCAGCCAAGCCUUCUCUCUCCACCACCUCCUCCAUUGCUGACUUCUUCCUCGCCCUAACCAUCUGCAACUCCGUCAUGGUCUCUACAACCACUGAGACCAGGCAGAGAGUCACCAUGCCACCCUCUGCCAAGGCUCUGGGGACGUCCCUGGAGAAGAUUCAACAACUGUUCCACAGACUGAAGCUUUUGAACCUUAGCCAGUCAUUCUCAUCCACUGUGCCCUCUGACACUGACCUGGGAGAGAGUUUGGGGGCCAACAUUCCAACCCCAGACUCAGAAGAGAGAGAUGACAUGUCUGUGUGCAGUGGAGGUAACUCCACUGAUGGUGGCUAUAGGAGCAGCACAUGGGACCAGGUUGACAUCCAGGGGUCUGGAUUAGACGCUUCCUUGGAAGAGGUGCUGGAGGCCCCAGCUCUAGGCCUGGCCAGCCCUGAGCUCUGUUAUGAGGCUGAGAGCCCUGAUGAGGCAGCCCUGGUGCAUGCUGCCCAUGCCUACAGCUUCACUCUGGUGUCCCGGACACCAGAGCACGUGACCGUGCGCUUGCCCCAGGGCACCUGCCUCACCUUCGAUGUCCUCUGCACCCUGGGUUUUGACUCUGUCAGGAAGAGAAUGUCUGUGGUUGUGAGGCACCCACUGACGGGUGAGAUCAUCGUCUACACCAAAGGCGCAGACUCAGUUAUCAUGGACCUGCUGGAAGACCCGGCCUGCGCAACUGAUUCUGAUGUGGAAAAGAAGGUGAGGAAAAUCCGAGCCAGGACCCAGAAGCACCUAGACUUGUAUGCAAGAGAUGGCCUUCGAACACUGUGCAUCGCCAAAAAGGUCAUAAGUGAAGAUGACUUCCGACGAUGGGCCAGUUUCCGGUGUGAGGCGGAGGCAUCCCUCGACAACCGAGAUGAGCUUCUAAUGGAGACGGCACAACAUCUGGAGAAUCAACUCACCUUACUCGGAGCCACUGGGAUUGAAGACCAGCUGCAAGAAGGGGUUCCAGACACAAUUGCUGCUCUGCGGGAAGCUGGGAUCCAGCUCUGGGUCUUGACUGGAGAUAAGCAGGAGACAGCAGUUAAUAUCGCCUAUUCCUGCAGAUUGUUAGAUCAGACUGACACUGUUUACUCCAUUAAUACAGAAAAUCAGGAAACCUGUGAAUCCAUCCUUAACUAUGCACUGGAAGAAGUGAAGCAAUUUCAUGGACCACAGAAGCCAAACCGCAAGCUCUUUGGGCUCUGCCUACCUUCUGAGACACCACCUCCUACCUCAAGAGCUGCAGUUCCAGAAGUUGGAUUGGUCAUCAAUGGGAAGACAUUGAAUGCCAUUUUCCAGGGAAAGCUGGAGAUGAAAUUUUUAGAGCUGACUCAGUAUUGCCGGUCUGUCCUAUGCUGCCGUUCUACCCCUCUCCAGAAGAGUAUGAUAGUCAAGCUGGUGCGAGACAAGUUGAGCGUCAUGACCCUUUCCAUAGGUGAUGGAGCAAACGAUGUAAGCAUGAUUCAUGCUGCCGACAUUGGAAUUGGAAUAUCUGGACAGGAAGGCCUGCAGGCUGUCAUGUCCAGUGACUUUGCCAUCUCCCGCUUCAGACACCUCAAGAAGCUGCUGCUUGUGCACGGCCACUGGUGUUACUCACGCCUAUCCAGGAUGGUGGUGUACUACUUCUACAAGAAUGUGUGUUAUGUCAACCUGCUCUUCUGGUACCAGUUUUUCUGUGGUUUCUCUGGCUCCACCAUGAUCGAUUAUUGGCAGAUGAUAUUCUUUAAUCUCUUCUUCACCUCCUUGCCUCCUCUCAUCUUUGGAGUCCUCGAUAAAGACAUCUCUGCAGAAACACUCCUGGCAUUGCCAGAGCUGUACAAGAGUGGCCAAAACUCUGAGUGCUAUAACUCUAUGACUUUCUGGAUUUGCAUAGUGGAUGCAUUCUAUCAGAGCCUUGUCUGUUUCUUCAUUCCUUACCUGACCUACAAAGACUCUGAUAUUGAUGUCUUUACCUUUGGGACACCCAUCAACACCAUCUCCCUUGCCACAAUUCUCUUGCACCAGGCAAUGGAAAUGAAGACCUGGACCAUUAUCCACGGACUUGUUCUGGCAGGCAGCUUCCUGAUGUACUUUGUGGUGUCCCUUGUUUACAAUGCCAUCUGCAUCAACUGCAACAGUCCCACCAAUCCCUAUUGGGUGAUGGAAGGCCAGCUCUCAGACCCCACUUUCUACCUCAUCUGCUUCGUCACACCAGUCACAGCUCUUCUGCCAAGGUACUUUUUCCUAUCUCUACAAGGGACUUAUGGGAAGUCUCUGAUCUUAAAAGCUCAGAAAAUCGACAAACUCCCUAUGGACAAAAGAGAUCUAGAAAUCCAGAGUUGGAGAAACAGACAGAGGCCUGCCCCCAUUCCUGAAGAGGCUCAGCAUACUCACCAUCCAGUGCCACCUGUCCCAGAACAGGACUUCAGAGCCAACAGCCCAAAGAGCUCUAGCCCUUCCAAGUACAAGUGAAAGAAGGACUGGGUGCUGCAUGGAGAGAAAUGCAGUAGAGACCAUCUGAGGAAUGACCCAUGCCCAGAGGACUCCUCAGCUAAACUCUAAUCCAGGGAAUACCUUCUUGGGUCUAGUAGGACAAUGGCUUCUGGAACCUACUCAAGUGGACAGAUUGCUGAGUACCGGCCCUCAAGCAGGAGCAGUCAUCGCUGAUCCCAGAGUUCACUGACCAUAUGA